UCUCUCUCUCUCUCUCUAAAUCUCACACACCUCUCAACUAUUUUAAAAAAAGCUUCAACCUUUACUCUCUCACACUCUGCUUGGAAGAGAAAGAACAAAGCUUUUUCUGAUUCUUACCAAACCCAAACUCACCUGAAAAUGAAAAACCCAGAAAAACCCAUACUCCUGUUUCUAAUCAUAGCUUCGACCUUAGCAUCAACGGCCACUUCAAAAUCAACAAUAGAGCCCUGCUCCACGAGCUCCACAUGCAACUCCUUCCUAGGCUACACACUCUACACCGACCUCAAAGUGACAGAGCUCGCUUCCCUCUUCCAAGCCGACCCAGUCUCCAUCCUCCUCUCCAACUCCAUCUCCACCUCCUACCCCGACGUCGAGAACCACGUCCUCCCUUCCCACCUCUUCCUCAAGAUCCCAAUCACCUGCUCCUGCGUCGACGGCAUCCGAAAAUCCACCUCCACUCGUUACAAGACCCGCACCUCCGACACGCUGGACUCCAUCGCCGGCUCCGUUUACGGCGGUCUUGUCUCCCCGGAGCAGAUUCAGGUGGCCAAUCCGGAUAUCGAGUCUCUUGAUGUUGGUACGAGUCUUGUGAUUCCUUUGCCGUGUGCUUGCUUCAAUGGGACGGAUGAGUCUCUCCCUGCGGUUUAUCUGUCUUACGUUGUGAGAGGUGUUGAUACGAUGGCUGGGAUUGCGAGGAGAUUCUCGACUACUGUUGCGGAUUUGACGAAUGUGAAUGCCAUGGGAGCUCCUGAUAUUAACCCUGGUGAUAUCCUCGCUGUCCCAUUGCUAGCUUGUGGUUCAAACUUCCCCAAAUACGCUACGGAUUACGGACUGAUCAUUCCAAACGGAAGCUACGCUCUCACCGCAGACCACUGUGUACAAUGCAGCUGUUCACUCGGAAGCCGCAGUAUGUAUUGCGAGCCAGCUUCUUUGGAAGUCUCUUGCUCUAGUAUGCAAUGUCGAAACAGCAAGUUCAUGCUUGGAAACAUCACUUCGCAGGAGACUAGUGCUGGUUGUAAACUUACCACUUGUACCUACAAUGGUUUCGCCAAUGGCACUAUCUUGACCACGCUAUCCAGGUCUCUACAACCUCGAUGUCCUGGACCUCCACAAUUGGCUCCCCUUAUAGCUCCACCUGAUACUGUUCCAAAGGAGCUGAUGUAUGCACCUUCACCCUCACCUACACCUUCACCCGCACCGGAGUCUGAUGGUGUUGUUAGUGGAGGACCCUCCAUAGUUGCAGCUGCACCAAGAGGACCUACGGUUGCUUCAAGCAGUUCUAUUCCUGGCUAUCCAGCUAAUGGUCCAGCUGGGAGUAUCUCUAUAGCUUCUUGCCUGACUAGCUAUCACUCACUCGUUGUGUUUUUGAUCUCUUUUGCUUCUUACUCUUUUGUAAUCUUGGUUUAGUGGAAGGUGAUAUAUUACCAUUAGUCUUUGUUCUUUGUUAAUUAUAUGAAUACUACUAGUGUGUGAUUGAAUCAGCUUUGUAUUGAUGGAAAGCAGUUGAUGGUUUGAAAAGUGUCCGGUUAACUGUC